AUGAUCAUUAUUUCCAAGACUAGAAAUCAUCACAAUAUGCAUAUGUACAGACUGGCAGACAUGGAGAGAUGUCUGUUUGAUACAUUUGACUUCACUCCUGUUGGUGGGCCUUGUUAUCACUUGUAUGAUGAUUCAGCUUAUGUGAAUUCAGCAGUGUUGACAAGACCAUUUAGAAUAACAAAUGCAUCCAAAGACAACAACGUACUUAACGCUGAGAUGUCUAGAGUGAGGAUCUCUGUAAAGCACAAGUUUGCUCAUAUCAGGAGCUUCUUUGCGUUUUUGAAUACUUCAAAAAUGCAAAGAGUUGACCAAUGCUCCAUAAGCCUCUAUUAUAAUAUUGGAACAUUCUUAAAAAAUCUUCAUAUAUGUUAUAAUGGGGGGAAUCAAACCAGUGCCAAGUUUGAUGUUAGUCUUCCAACACCAGAACAAUACAUUGCAGGUCUUUUAAGACAAUAA